AUCAGAAUCUGAUUCUGUUCAUCCUCCAUAUCUCAGACCAUAUCUCCAGUUAAUUAUAUAAUGUGCUGGCAAAUUUCUUCUCCUUUGCUUCCUUCUGCUUCUAGCUACUCCUGAAGGACAGUUCUGCCCAAUAUUCUUGUAGAAGUUGCAGAAAUGGGUAUGGCAAUAUCUAGACUUGUAAGAACGCUGUUUGCCAAGAAAGAAAUGAGGAUUCUAAUGGUGGGUCUUGAUGCUGCUGGCAAAACCACCAUUCUUUACAAGCUCAAACUUGGAGAGAUAGUUACUACCAUACCAACCAUUGGAUUCAAUGUAGAAACUGUUGAUUACAAGAAUGUUAGCUUCACUGUCUGGGACGUAGGAGGUCAGGACAAGAUACGACCACUGUGGAGGCAUUACUUUCAAAACACGCAGGGUCUAAUAUUUGUGGUGGAUAGCAAUGACAGAGAGAGGAUUUCUGAGGCCAAAGAUGAGCUCCAUCGUAUGCUCAGUGAGGAUGAAUUGCGCGAAGCAACUCUACUGGUUUUUGCCAAUAAACAAGACCUUCCUAAUGCUAUGAGUGUUUCUGAAGUUACUGACAAACUUGGCCUGCAUGCCCUCCGUCAGCGCCGUUGGUACAUACAAGCCGCUUGUGCCCCCAACGGUCAAGGACUCUACGAAGGACUUGACUGGCUAUCCAGUAAUAUCUCUAGCAAAGCAGCAUAAGCCCUGUCUCCAUCAUGUAAUGACAUGAUAAGAUUUAUGCAUCCAUUAGUACAGAAAGAAAGAAAAAAAAAGUGCAGUAUAAGUUUUGUAUGUUUCAAAUCUCAUCCUACAAACAAUCUAUUAACAUGUGCUACACGCCGUUGAUCAGCUCAGCAGGCCAACUAUUUGUGUAUUUCUGCCCACGCUGCAGGGUUUGAAUCCUGCGAGCAGCAUUGUAUUGCAUGUGCGUGAGUUCUAUGUGCCAUAAUAAAAUUUUAAUCAACAUUUGAUGUAUCA